AUGUACCGCCUGCGCCGUGCCCUUGCAGACGAUCUGGCAAGAGGACGGCUGAACGAGCAUACGCUGCGCGAGGCUAAUCGCGUAGACCCGCGGAUCACAGUGAACGCCGUAGAAUCGAGACAUUCAAAUGGAUUCCCUAAUGAUGAGGGAGUCUUGCGCGAGUAUCUGAAGGCGCUAACGUUGACCAACGCUAUGGAUUCCCGCAGUUUGAAGGAUCUUGUUCGUGCACAGUCGUCGCGGAGCACCUCGUCUCCCGGCGCAGAUUCUGAACCUGACCCGCGUGUGCUGGAGCAGUUACGGCACGUUUUCGAUCGCAAUGAGAUGUAUCUUAAGUCCGACUCUAAGAACCCGAUUCACGUCGUGGUCUCACCUGCCGCCAGCAGCGUGCUCGCGCGCUUUAUAAAAGGACUUGUGUCCAUCGGCUCUAUCGCAUUUUGCUUCGGCACACUCUACAUACUCACCAGCCAGAACAUCCAGCGCGGGCUCAAGCACGCUUUCAAGGUGGUGGAUCCAGACGACCUGGACACCACCUUUGCCGACGUCAAGGGUUGUGACGAAGUCAAAGCCGAAUUGGACGAGGUUGUUGCUUACUUGCAGAACCCUGAGCGUUUCGACCGACUGGGGGCGCGCCUGCCCAAGGGAGUAUUGCUGGCCGGCCCGCCGGGCACCGGCAAGACUCUUAUGGCGCGAGCCAUAGCUGGUGAGGCAGGAGUACCCUUCAUUCAGGCGUCUGGUUCUGAGUUCGAGGAGAUGUUUGUCGGUGUUGGUGCUCGUCGUAUCCGUGAGCUCUUCAAGCUGGCGAAGUCCGUGGCCCCGUGUAUUGUGUUCAUUGACGAGCUUGAUGCGGUGGGCUCACGGCGCUCUGCCACCGACCAUAACAGCGUACGCAUGACUCUUAAUCAGCUUCUGGUUGAACUCGACGGUUUCGACAAGCGCGAGGGUAUUGUUGUGCUGUGCGCCACCAACUUCCCGGAGUCACUGGAUCCGGCGCUGGUUCGCCCGGGUCGCCUGGACAAGACCAUCAACAUUCCUCUACCGGAUUACAAGGGCCGUUACGAUAUAUUGAAGCUCUACAGCAAGAAGAUUUCAGUAGCGCCUGAUGUGGACCUUUCCACCAUCGCAAAACGCACCGUGGGCAUGACGGGUGCUGACAUCUUCAACAUCCUCAACAUGGCGGCGCUGCGAUGCUCACUGCAAGGCCUCGCAGCAGUGACGUCGGCGGCCAUUGAGGAAGCCUUCGAUCGUGUGGUGGUUGGCCUGAAGGGCAAGCCGCUUACAAACGAGAGGGAGAAGAAGGCUACAGCGUACCACGAGGGCGGCCACACAUUGGUGAGCCUCCACACUCCGGAGGCAACCCAGGUACACAAGGCCACAAUAGCCCCCCGAGGCCGGACACUAGGCGUGACAUGGAAGAUCCCGGAGGAGAAGUCUGACACCCGCAUGUCUGAGCUUCGCGCAGAGAUCGCCGUAUUAAUGGGUGGCAUGGCUGCCGAAGAAGUUAUAUACGGCAAGGAGAACGUUUCUACUGGUUGCCAGAGUGACCUUCAGAAGGCUACGGAGAUCGCGCGUACGAUGGUUCUAAACUUUGGUGUAGGUCUGGAGAACGUUAGCGGUCCCAUGUUUUUGGACUCCAAGGGGUACUCCGACCUAAGUGAGGACCACCGUAAACGCGUAGACGCUGCUGUUCAACAGGUUCUAGACGGAGGGUACCAACACGCUUGCCGUGUAAUCCGCGGCAACCUAGUGCAGCUGCACAACCUGUCUGACGCCCUGGUACAGUACGAGACCCUCACUGCCGAUGAGAUUCGCCACGCCGUGCAUGGGGAGAUGCGGGAGAUUGAAAGCGCACGGCAGGCACAACAAGUUGAACUCCGCGCUCAGGUGAAGCGUUAUUCACAGACUAAUGGCGGCAAGGACCUUAUACCUGAGCCGCAGCACUCGUACCGCACCUAA